GUUCCCCUUCCCCAGUGUCUUGAGCGAGGCCCCUCCGACGGGACUGGUUCCCGCUUAGGAGGGAGCCCGCCGGGCUCUGCAGCGGGCGCUCAUGAACAUCAAGGCCCCAACAAAGCUGGCCGUGGGCAGAGUGAGGUUCUUCGGUCAACACCGUGGGGAGGUCAACUGCUCUGCCUUCUCCCCUGACGGCCAGACCCUGCUCACAGCCUCAGAUGAUGGUUGUGUGUAUGUAUGGGAGACGAAGAGCAGGCGCCUGCUGCGGAGAAUGGCAGCCCACAGAGGCCCAGUGAAGUUCUGUCGCUUCUCCCCUGAUGGCCGCCUCAUUGCCAGCUCCUCCAGUGACCGCACUAUUCGCCUUUGGGAUGCGGCAAGAUUCAAGUGUCUACAUGUGCUGAAAGGUCACCAGCGGAGCGUGGAGACAGUCAGUUUUAGCCCUGACUCAAAGCAGCUGGCAUCAGGUGGCUGGGACAGGAGGGUCAUUCUCUGGGAGGUGCAGUCUGGCCACAAUGUGCGCCUCUUGGUUGGGCAUCGUGAUUCCGUCCAGAGCAGUGACUUCUCCCCCAAUGCAGACUCUCUGGCCACUGGUUCCUGGGACUCGACUGUGCACAUCUGGGACCUGCGGGGGGCGACCCCAGCUGCCUCCUAUCAAGAGUUGGAGGGCCACACUGGCAACAUCAGCUGCUUGUGCUACUCAGCAUCUGGGCUUUUGGCAUCUGGCUCCUGGGACAAGACCAUCCGCAUCUGGAAGCCCACCACCAGCAGCCUGCUUUUCCAGCUCAAGGGUCAUGCCACGUGGGUGAAGAGCCUAGCCUUUUCUCCUGAUGAGCUGAGGCUGGCCAGUGCUGGUUACUCACGCACAGUCAAAGUCUGGGACUGCAACACAGGAGAAUGCCUAGAGACCCUAAAGGGUCUGCUGGAUGUGGCCCACGCCUGUGUUUUCACUCCCGACGGCAAGCUUUUGGUGUCAGGGGCUGCUGAUGUGACAAGAUGACAACUCUACCACUCCAUGUAACUUACCACAGGCCUAAAGUAAGAUAUGGCUGCAUGCAGGGACUACCCUAUCCUGUCCUGUAACCAGGCCUCACCCACUGUAGAUAAGUGGUCACCUGGGCCACCUCACCCCACUGGCCCCAGGUGGCCAGGGAGAAACAAGAAGCAGAAAGUCAA